UGAAAAUGCAUAAAAAAAUUAAUUUUGCUGUCUCCAAAUUUGCUAUUUUAACUGAUUAAGUGCUGUAUGUUAUGGAGAUACUGUGGCAUAUGAAUAUGGUUAUGGUUUUAAAGCUUAAAACAAGCCUCAGUAGUAAUUGCAUGCAAAACAAAAACCAACCAAUUCUGAUUUGUGUUUCAUUGAGGAACAAUAUACUGAAUACUGAAAUAUAUAUAUAUAUUCUUCAUUUUUGGCUGAACUAGUUCCGAAAUCAAUGCACUUUGUUGUAGCAUCAUUUAAUUUAAUUUUGAUUCAUUAGGACAAUGUAUUGUUCUUUGUCCAUGACUCACUUGGAUUCAUACUCCGUGAACUGCUGAUGCAUUAUAGAUAUGAUAUACCACAGAUGUAACUCGAGCCCGCUUCAUAAUGAAAGCUGUAGUCCUGACAUGUGGACAUGGAUAAUUUAUUAAGAGGUAAGAACUGCACAACCCUGUGUUGCAUAAAGACAUGCUUAAAAAUGUACAGAUGUCACUGCAUUGGAUAACAACAUCUAAAAAAAAAAAAACCACUAAAUGCAACUUAUCUUUGUUAAGAAAGCACACUAUUCAAGUAAAACAUUGAUCAGUUUGAAAAACUCAAAUACUGGAUGCAGUGUUGAAGAAAGGCUAUGUGACUGUCAAAGUGGAACAUGCAGGAGCAUCAACUGAUCAAAAGAGUGACAUUCAAAUACUUAAGAAGCACUGCAGUCCUCCAGCCUCCAUCAACGCGCACAAUGGCCGCAUCGCUGUUGAUUUCUAUUUCAGGUGCUGAUGCAGGCGACGCGCUGUUGCCAUAGGAACAGCAUCGCCAGCAUCAUUGAUCGUCACGCUCCCUGCCGCCGUCCCUCAUUGGUCGCUCAGCUUGCGCUGUAACCAUUCGCGUCGCAGUUAAGAGCGGAAGUCCCGCCCACCACAUUGCCUUAUUAAGACAAGCAGGCGUGGCUUACUGCGCUCCUCCGCGCCCAUUGAUCGCCCAGCGCAUCAAUCCCGCCACAAAACUCCUAUCCUCGAACCGAGACGGAGUGCUCUGGCUUCAGAAGGUCUCCACCCGAGAGUAUGGCGGUUGAGGAUGCUGGAAGAUACAGAAGAAUAGCUAUUCUGGAAUGCAGCAGCGUCCCUAACGAUUUCCAAAUGACGCUCGGAGGUGACGCGUGAUGCCUUGCAUGCUCGCUCUGACGGGGCGCAACGCGCUUUUAUAACCUAAAAUGCAUGCAAAUGCGUUUUAAACGAUUCAUUCUCUAAGCAGCUGUCGGGUUCUGGGUAUUCGAGGUAGCUAGAGAUGCCAUGAAGUCCGCGCAUUGGCUCUUUGUGCGCCUUUGUUAUUUGUCUCUAUGGUGAGUGUUGCAAUACAGCCAGCCAUGGCCCUGCGUCUGCUCGACUUCUGCGAUAUUCAAAGCAAGUUUCCCGUCGCGUCUGAUCGGUUUGGACACUGUUAGCUGGCUCCAUUACGCGCGUCACGUCGCAAUGCGCGAGUACAAGGUGGUGGUGCUGGGCAGCGGAGGGGUCGGGAAAUCCGCGCUCACGGUCCAGUUCGUGACCGGGACCUUCAUCGAGAAGUACGACCCGACCAUCGAAGACUUCUACCGCAAGGAGAUCGAGGUGGACUCGUCGCCUUCGGUGCUGGAGAUCCUGGACACGGCGGGGACGGAGCAGUUCGCGUCCAUGCGGGAUCUCUACAUCAAGAACGGCCAGGGCUUCAUCCUGGUCUACAGCCUGGUCAACCAGCAGAGCUUCCAAGAUAUAAAGCCCAUGAGAGACCAGAUCAUCAGGGUGAAGAGGUACGAGCGUGUGCCCGUGAUACUCGUGGGAAACAAGGUGGACCUGGACAACGAGCGUGAGGUUUCGUCGAGCGAGGGUCAAGCUCUAGCUGAAGAAUGGGGCUGCCCGUUCAUGGAGACAUCAGCCAAGAGCAAAACCAUGGUGGACGAACUGUUCUCUGAGAUAGUCAGACAGAUGGACUACGCCUCUCAGCCGGAUAAAGAAGACCCGUGCUGCUCCUCCUGCAAUAUACAAUAACCCCUCACAAUCACAUGAGGUUCUGAGAGCGUUUCAACAUAGAGAUCAUCACUCAAGUGGUGUUCAUACACGUCAUGCCCACGUGAACGGCAUCUACACACUAGAGAAUGCUGCAGAUGCAUUGGGUUGAAUGGGAAUGAUGCAUUGCAAGGACAUACACAGCCAACAGGGAAGGUUUUCUCAACGUUGUGAAAAAAACGUUCUUCCAGUAACAUAAACAGAAUGUUCGUUCAAAGUUUAAAAAUGUUCUCAGAAUGUUUGCACAAAAACAUUAUUUACACAUCAUUCAUGGGAUGUUUAUUUCUACAAUGUUAUUUUUAAAUGCCACCAUUUGUUUUAGAAUGUUAGAGAGCAUGUAAUAGUAACGUUCCUCUAAUGUUUGCAAAAUGGAAUGUUCGCGUAACCAAGAAAGAAUAGUUUUAAAAGCAUGAAAAAAUAAGAAUGUUUUGAAUCUUCAGAGAUCAUUGAGAAAACGCGUAAUGGAAACUUUAGUGAAACAUUCUAAAACUUUUUUUGUUAGCUGCCAGUUUCUUCUUUGUUAUGCGAAUGUUACAGAUAUUGAGAAAUAAUGAAUAUUCAGAAUAUUCCAAAAAUUAUGUUUUCACAAUGUGAUGGGAAAGAACAUAUUUGUGUUAGCUGCCCAUUUGUUCUUGGUUAUGCGAAUGUAACAGAAAACAUUAAAUGAAUGUUUCAUUUGAUCAUUUUACAAACUUUGUUUAACUAACUUUUGGAAAUAACUUUUCCAAAAGAUGUUCCCAAAACAUUCUUGGAAAUUUUUUGUUAGCUGCCCACUUUUUCUGGCUUAUGCGAACAUUACAGAAAACAUUAAGGGAAUGUUCCAUUUUUAUCAUUUUGGGAACAAUAUUUUUAAAUGUUCUCUGAACGUUCUUAAAACGCAAGAGGUUACAUUUAAAAAUGUAUCAAAAUGUUCCAUGAGCCAUGUUUCAAUAACGAUUUUGUGAAUGUUAUUAUAGGCCAAGCAAAUUUAAAUGAACAUUCUAUUAAUGUUACUGGAAAGAACGUUUAUUCAACUUUGAGAGAACCUUACUGAGGGUUUGCGAAAGGGAUUUCUAGCAUCCGUUCAGCUCCUGGAAUCUCGAGUGAGGCGAAAUCCAGUUCACUGUUUUCCCGCUUAUGACCCGACGUUUCCCUCCACGACGGAUCGUAAAGUGCAAAGCUUUGUCUAGUUUGUAAAUGCUUUAAUUAAUGAACACAAUUAUGAUUAAUAAAUUAACAAGAAACUGUAAAAAAGGUCAAAGGGGUUAAAAAUGCACCAAACUUGAGUCUUUCUUUUCCCCGCAUGUUUUCAUUCUAAGUUUGACGCUGUUCGAGACUCAAUCGCGUUGAUUUUGCCGUUUAGUUUGCACAUAUAGAACCUGAUGUCUUAAACUGCCAUUACUUUAUUAAAGAGCCAGAAUGAGCUAGAUUUGUUCUUCCAAACGUCAGCGAAAAUGGGACUCUCAGACGUCACGGUUUAAAAUGUUCAUGAGGGGAUCGAUUAGUGCGCGGGUGUCCCAUGCAGCGAUGAGGCGCUUUACUUUGAGGGACAUUUUCUUUGAGGAAGCCAAAUAGGAUGCCGAGAAGCACUUUUAUUUUGUAAUCUCGUGUCUGUUUUCAUUCAUGAAACUGCUGGGAAUAUUCAGCUGAUUAUGUUGUGGUUUCUAAUUAGCACUUCUAUAUAAAAUGUUGCAAUUAUGUAUUUUGUAAUAAUGUAGUAAAACAAUCAUGGGAUUCGCUUUAGAAUAGCUUUGAAUUGGGCGGGAAAAGUAUUUGUCAUGAAACGCUAUCGGCACUUUCCACAAAAAGAGUCCAGGUGCCCUGUUACUUUUAUUUGAAGCAAUAAAGAUGUAAAGAGAAAACUGUUAAAUUAACCUAGCAAUCAAAGUAGAUAGUUUUUAAAAUGUCUGGAAGAACCCUUGA